UUCUGCCUUUGAUUACUGCAAAAUUUGCUUCCUGCAAUUUGGCUGACAAGAAAAAGUAGACGACAUUCGGUUUUCAGAAUGUCGUUAUGUUCAGGGUAUUUUUCGAUGGUCUCCUCAGUUGUGCUCCUUACAUUCCUUGCCUUGUUCGAUGCUUCAGCGAGAGCACACGUUCAUCACUCCACAUUUGUUAUUGAAUCAACACCUAUUACUAGGCUAUGUCAGACGCAUAGCAGAGUCAUAGUGAAUGGAGAGUUCCCUGGUCCUACUCUGUAUGUACACAAUGGCGACAGUGUUAGAGUUAAAACGAUCAACAAAUCCAAUUACAAUGCCACCAUCCACUGGCAUGGAGUGAGACAGAUUCGCACAGCAUGGGCUGAUGGAGCAGGGUAUAUAACUCAAUGCCCGAUUCAAGCAGGAGUAAAAUAUACGUACAAAUUCAGGAUUAUUGCACAGGAAGGAACCUUGUGGUGGCAUGCCCAUGUCUCGUGGCUGCGUGCAACAGUUCACGGAGCAAUAGUUAUCUAUCCAAAGAAAGGAAGCUCUUAUCCGUUUCCUCAACCCUAUUCAGAGUUUCCCAUCGUGUUAGGAGAAUGGUGGAACAAAGAUCCUGAAGCGGUCGAAAGGCUAUUAAUUCAAACAGGAAGUGCACCUAAUAUAUCCGAUGCCUUUCUCAUCAAUGGUCAGCCAGGAGAUCUCUAUUCUUGCUCCAAAUCAGGAACAACUAAAAUCUCUGUACAAUGAGGAAAAACGUACCUUCUACGUAUUGUUAAUGCUGCAGUCAAUAAUCACCUCUUUUUCAAGAUUGCAUCAC